AUGGAUUCGCGAAGAGGUGCUUGUAAAAAACACGACCGACCAGCCAUUCAGUACAAUCCCGAUACAACUGGUCUAGACUCAAGGGGUCGCAAAUUAAGAUGGAGCGGUGACAUUUCGAAAAUACAAGUUAACCUAAAUAAAAUCUUCGUUAAAAAUGCAAUUUCUAUUGCUCCCACUCUCAAUAUUUAUCAGGCUUCCUCCAUAUCUCUAGAUUGCUCAUCAAGAGAUGACCGAACUGAUGAGUCCUUUGAGGAUACUUUUGCUAAAUUGCAGAUCUCUAAAGAACAUCGACGCAAACGACAAAAGCGUGUGCAUAAGGUGAAGACUUCUUCUAAUUGCCACUGGAAACCGACUUCAAGUGUCCAGGGAGAGGAUGCAGACGAUGGUGAAACGGAGAGUGAGCAGAGCACUCUAAUGCCAUCCACUUCGAAAUUGGAAGGUCAUUGCAAAAAGAACGACUUUGAUGAGGAUGAUUUUGAUAGGAGAAUUAUGUUUGUAUGA